AUGUUCCUCUUCAUCCUUCGCCAUGUUCCGAAACCCAAGCACAUGCCUCGAACGGGACUGUUUCAUCGACACAACAGCAAUGUGUCAGCCAGCAGAGCUCAUCUCUUUCCUUCUUCAAAUAAGACGACAGGGCAGCAUCUGCAAGCUUUCUGCAACAAGCACAGUCUAAACCUACAGACGGAGACCAUUCUCCCAUCAAGCAUUUUUGAGCCGGCCAAACUUCAUUCUCUUAAUAUAAGUCAUGUGCCCGAAACGGGAGGAGCUCUUCUGUACUUCCACGGCGGAGGCUAUACCUACCCAGCCGGACCGGGGCACUUCAAGUUGAGCAUCAGACUCGCACGACAAUUGCAAUGUCGCCAACUGUACAUACUCCAAUACUCCCUUCUACCCAAAGCGAAGUAUCCGACUCAGCUUGCUCAGGCUGUAGAAAGUCUUCGCUGUCUUCUCAACAGAUUCGCGCCGCCACAGAUCGCCAUUGGUGGUGACUCGGCAGGUGGGAACAUGGUUUUGGGUCUCCUGGCUCACUUGAAGAGUGCUCAUCCAGACAUCUCACCUGUCGAAAUGAUAUCUCCAUUGGCAUCUGCGAUCUGCAUCAGCCCGCGUUGCUCGAAUGAUAUCACAGCUCAGUCUUUCACCGACAAUGCCGGCAAGGAUGUCAUCGACGCCGCGGGCUUGUCGGCAUUCGUAGAGAAGUGGCAACCCGUGAGUGAUCAUGUCUGGGCUGCUGCCAAUCGUGGCGGUAAGGCUUUCUGGGCUGAAGAAGAUUCCGCCAAAGCGGAAAAGAUGCUCAUCAUUGCUGGAGAGGACGAAGUCUAUCUCGACGACAUUCGAGCCUUCGCCAAGCUGGUCUCUAUUGAGGCUCCUGAUGAUCUUGAUGAGACUGCGGAUAGGCAAUUCCUAGUAGCACCCAAGUCAGUGCAUGUGCAAGCAGUCAUUGACCAUGCCAGGGGCGUAGAGGAUGGGUUCAUGACCAAAGCUCUCAUGAACUGGGCUGGCAAGAAUCAGGUAGAGCCGGCAUCGAAUGGCGGACCCGCUGACUUGCUUGCCGUUCACCGUUCCAACCUGUAA